ACGAUGGGAAUCGUAGUCGGAAAGAAGGGAAGAUUGUGGCUACGACUCGAGGUGUGACACUUAGAGCCUUCGAGAGAUGUGCGCGAAGGUCGAGGUUCUGCGAGGAGACAGUCUCCGGGCAGUCUGGGAAGUGUAGUCCAGCUGGCUUAGCAGAAGAUUCUUGGUGGGCGCUGGGGUUCCGGGAAGGGGCUGAGCAGGCUGGAAAGAGAUUGCGACUGUGCCUUUUAACUCUGCAGCUGGAACACAAGAAUUGUUUGUUUGAUGAGUGAUCUAUUUAGGAUCUUUUUAGAUCCUGAGGAUAACCCUGUGAAUUGCUAAUAGUUCACUGGGUCUGGCCUUUAGUGUUGAUUUCAGUAUGUUGAGACGAAAACCAACCCGCCUGGAGCUGAAGCUUGACGACAUUGAAGAGUUUGAAAGCAUUCGAAAGGACUUGGAGACCCGUAAGAAACAAAAGGAAGAUGUGGAUGUUGUAGGAGGCAGUGAUGGAGAAGGUGCCAUAGGGCUCAGUGCUGAUCCCAAGAACCGGGAACAGAUGAUUAAUGAUCGAAUUGGUUAUAAGCCUCAAGCCAAGCCCAACAGUCGUUCAUCUCAAUUUGGAAGUUUUGAAUUUUAGAGGUGGAUUAUCUUGCUUGCCAGAGCCCAGGAAUGGUGUAAAAUGAUGGCAGAAGUACAAACAAGGUUUAGGGAAUUGAGUGCUUGUAGUCAAGCAGAAUGUUUUACCUCCUGCAGAGAGAAGUACUUCUGCAUAAAUUUACUGAUGCUUGACUUUCACUCUAAGCUGAAAUCAAACUCUAGUUUGUCUCUGGAAAAUUUGACUCAAUAAAACUUGUCUGAGUUUUAAUUUAAAAAAUAAAUAUAUUUUUGGAAAA